UUUAAUUUGAAAUGAUCGAGAACAGAGUAGCAUAUAUUGUUAUACGUAGUGCGAACUAGUGAACUGACAAAAAUAUAUCAAUUUCAUGGAGUCAACAACAACUAUAACGGUUACUGACGGAGCGAAUUCGAUUGUGACUGAAAAUUCAACAUACAGAGAACCAUGGCAACCGCCCUAUACGACAGCAUGGGUCGUUGUUUCAGCCGUCAUCUUGUUCGCCAUGAUGAUCUUCGGGACCGUCGCAAAUUCGCUUACUAUUGCUGUCAUAAGAAAAUCGUCAAAACUACGAACGAAGUACUACACGCUUAUCCUCAGUCUAUGCGUAUCUGACCUCACUUCCGCCCUUUUAAGUCCUCUCUUCCUGUAUCGAAGAACGUGGGGAUUCGAUUACUUUGCCCUGCCUGAUUUCUUCUGCAAGUUCUACUGGGGUGUUGAUUACUGGACAUCAUAUGCAACAGCUAUGCAUAUUCUAUCUUUUGCGCUGCUGCGAUUUAUUGGAGUUCAGUGGCCAACAACAUUUAGGAAAAUUAAUGGAAAGCAUAUCGCGCUCUGGUUGGCUACAAUUUGGACGUUAUCAUUUGGAUGUGGAUUCAUCCCCCACGCUAUCUUCAAUGAAGUGAAAGUUGUUGACCGUUAUUCGUCUCAGGCCAGAUGGGCUUCUUGCAGCUUGGCUAGCAGGUGGUUCAGUACAUGGCAGGUUUACAUCCAAUUUGCAUAUCCUAUCUUUUUGUACGUCCCUGCGGGAUUGGUCAUCGUCAUAUCUGCUGCGAUCGGAAUUAAGUUAGCUACUCACAAGCGACCUGGGGACACAACCGCAUCGCAAAGUCAAGAUGCAAGUAAUUCUGUAUCCAGACAGAUCAAGUCCAGACGGAAGAAAGAUAAACAUAUCAUAAUGCAAUUGUUCUUGAUUGUCGGUUCGUUUCUACUCGGAUACGCUCCAGUAACAGCAUUUCAUUGGUACACUGGUUUCACUAUUGACGAAAGUAAUCCGGAAUUGAACAAGUUUGAUUGGAAAUUUGCAAUGGUACAAUACAUCUUGUUGCGAUUUUCUGAAUGCCUCAAUCCUGUCUUUUAUAACCUCGCGUCAAGCAAAAUGAGGAAGGAAACUAAAAAAUUGAUUGUAUCAUUGAACCCUUGUGCAGUCCCGCCAGGAACUCCACAAAAACGUACUCAUACCAGUCGUGUAAGCUCAGCUACGACAUCCAGCGUAUAAUUGUAAACAUGCUUCAACGACCACGCUUGAACACACGAGAUGUUUAAAAAAGAUAAUCUGAAUAUGACUACUUGUCGCAAGUUAGAACAUCGAAAGUUGGAGUCAUCGAUACCUUACUUGUAAACUGAAAUGGAGAGGGCAUUUAUGCUUUCCAUUGCGAAACCCAAAGUCAUUUAUUAACAUUGAGUUUUUACAUACGAAAAGAUCCAUUUUGUCAAUUUAUACUGCUAUUUUUAUAUUGAGAUUGUGAUUGUUUUAAUAUAUGCAGGGUUGUCCAUGGGUAUGGGAUUUUCCUGAAAAUCCCAUGGGAAACGUCCAUGGGAUAGGACAGCACAUAUUUGUAUUUCCCAUGGGAUACGAAAAUCAUCUGAUUUUCGGGGAAAUGAUGGUAAAACAUUUCGUUAUGUACUUCGUGUCCAUAUAUUUGAGCAUAGCUCUCUUGUUAGUUAUGAAAAC